AUUUUAAUUAAAUCUGCACUCCUUGCCGAUCUGAUUAAGAGGCUUUACUUCCGCUCUCAUUUUUUUGGGGGAGGGGGGUGGUGAUCCUUUUUUUUUUCUGGAAAAAUUACUGGGAGUUAUUUUGGUUUAAGUUGCCGCUCAACGAACAGGUACGGGACUUUACAGCAAUCUCAUUCUGAAGAUGAUUCAAACAGGAGUUUGAGCGUCACGGCUCAUCCUUAAGACUACUUAAAGGACGAUGAUAAAAGGGUCAACAGCUGGCACAUACAGCCUUCAGUUCCUAGCACCACAGGCCCUGCCUGUCUCAAGGAACAAUGGAAGAUAACCAGACGCUGCCUACUCCUCCCUCCUCAAAGGGUGAUCUCCAGUCACAGCCAGAGCGCAUUGUGAUUCCUCUGCAGGGCCUCCAUCCUGCUGAUGACCUAACUCCACCUCAGUCUCCUGACAAUGACACUGAGUUGCUUAGACCGCGCUCAUCGGAAGGGAUCCCUGCAUCUGCACAAUCUAUGCUGUCAUUGAGUAGUCCAGAAUUACUCACCGAGCUGAAGGCUGGCAAGUCCCUGAGGCAUGUCCGUCAAAACACCGGAUUGACUACUGUCUUCUCAGGCCGAGGCCGCACUUUGCAGCCCCAAGUCUCUCAGGAUGUACAACCAAAUGGGCCAGCCAAGGUGAACGGAAUGAGCAGAGAAGGAGUAGAGACGCCAUUGACCAGCCGUGGCAGAAGUAACCACUGACAUUUUUUCAGAGGUUAUGUUUGCUGCAGGAAGAUAGUUCACCAGUGAAACUUAACGUGAUCCUCUCAGGGUCGAGAGUGCCUAAUAGACUGGAGACGGACUGCUUUGUGCCAAAACCUGUCUGUGCAAUGUAACUCUAGUAAUGUCUCCUUCACCUGCCAUUUUUCAACCUAUACUGGAUGCUAUGCUGCUGCUGCUGUAAAGGCCUGUAACUUUUCAAAAUGGGAACAUACCUGGUAACUGCCUAAAUCCAAAACCUUGCAAGUUUGCUGCCAGUUCAUCCACUGUACCUUGAAACCUCACCUGCUGAGGCUGUGAAGGUGAAAAUCAUGAAUUAUAAGAUGUGUCUAAUGUGGUAUUGCAGCUGGCAGCACAAUAAAAUAAUAUGAUAAAAGUGUUAGUCUAAUGAGAAAUUAUCUAAUGUGUACACUAUGAUAAAUAUCCCAUUUAUAAAUUCUGUUAAGUAUGUAUAAGAUUAUUGUAUUAGUUUACCCUAAGUGCACAUAACAGGCAUCUUACUUGAUGCUCAUGCAUUCUUUCUAUCCAUCCAUUUUCCUUUGCUGCUUAAUCGAAUUUUCAGGCCGGCAGGAACCUAGAGGCUAGCAGCCAAGAUGCUAAUAGCUCCCCUUCACAUUCGCCAUUUGACUUGCCACUCUGUUUUAGCUUGUUUAGUCUACCUACUGUUGCUUUUAGACUCAUACUGAUGAGUUGAUUUAGAAAACUGUCACCUUUUACACAAUACGUAGUAAACAAAACAAGAAUAGAUUUCACUGAGAAGAUUUGAAUUUUGGUGAAUUGGCUCAAUAAAGAGUUUCAAUGAGUACCUUUUCUCUGCUACAGCAUAUGCUCGUAUCUUCAGAUUUCUGUGGGGCUACAUUUCCUGUUAGUGAGAUGAGAGAUGAGUUACCAGUUGUAGCUAUUUUGGAUGUUAAGGUCAGGGUAUGCUUCACUUAAAGAUGGACUAUGACCACCAUGGAUGAAGCUAAACAUCAAGUUUAUAUUUUUUGUGGUUUUGUUUUUUCACACAUACUCGUUACAACAUUAGAAAAGUUUUGUUGAAAACAGACUAUUCAACCCAAUAAACUUAUAUCUGUCUUAUGCAACUAGAUUACGCAAACUAACAUCAAGUUGAGGUAUGAAGGUCCCUAAAGUCCUACUCUCCACCACACCACUUGAUAAUUUAUCCUUUGUGUCUAUUGGUUUUCUUUCUGAAGAAAACCUUUCAAACAUUUGUGAAAUCUGCCCUUAACAGGUUUCCAGCUGUGUACCUGUGUUGUUGUUGUAUUUAAAGUAUCAACUAAGAUAUACCAUACUAAUUCUUUUCAUAAUUUUAAACACUUCGAUCAUGUCACCACUUAAUCUCUUUUUGCUUAAACUGAGAAAAUUCAUCUUUCUUCUCUUAUCUCGCACUUCUUAGACCAGAAAUUUGCCUAUCUGCUCUCCUCUGGACGUUCUCUAGUGCUGCUAUGUCGUUUUUGGUAAUAUGGAGAUAAAUACUGAGCAUAUCACUCCAGAUGCUACCUCACUAGUGCAUUAAAUAACUUUGACAUAACCGCACUGUAUUACACACAUUAAAAACUUUUGUGCACUGUCUGAUGAUAGUAAAGAGUCCAUUGCGACUCCUAGGUCCUUCUCAUGAGGUGCAUUUUCAAGUUUCAGACCUCCCAUUGUGUAUGCUAAUCAAAUCCCACUGUAACAAUUAAGCCGAUUCUGCAUGAUCUGCCCUUAUCUGCAAACUUAACCGGUUUAUGAAUAAUAAUCUUGUCUAAAUCAUGUUUGCGUAUUAAGAAGAGCAGUAGUCCCUGCACUGACCCGAGGGACACCACCUUUAAAUAAAUUCUGAAAAAGGUCCCAUCGCUGAGCCAACUGUUGCCCACAUCCAGACCACUCCCUGAAUUCCCAUUUCUUUUAGUUUGAUCACUAACCUUUUAUGUGGCACCUUACCAAAAGCCUUAUGAAAAUAAAGAUAAAUAAUAUCACAUGCACCCUCUGAUCGUAUGCUUUUGUUGCUUUUUCAUAGAAUUCCAGCAUAUUAGUAAAACAUGACCUUCCCAGUAUGAUCCCAAUUUGACUAUUUGCUAAAACUCCUAUUCUAGACAAGGAGCUGCUUGAGCUUUUCCUUAAUAACUGCUUUUUUAACUUCCCUGUGAUGUAUGCUAAGCUUACUUGCCUGUAGUUUCCUGGAUAUGCCUGAUCAUCUGUUUUUAUACAACAUAUAUACCGUAUAUGUAUUAUGAAGCCUAUAGUCUUUAGUCAUUUCCUCAGGUGCAGAGAUUUUUGAAAAAUACAUGGCAAUGGUUUACAUAUAUACUCCCUACCUUCUUUAGGCACUUGAGGAUUUUUAUUUUGAUGUGGUACUCACUAUACCUCCAUCAACAACGGUUGCCAGGAGGAAAAACAAACAUCAUUAUCGCUUACAUUUCAAAAUGAUGUUCUGCAUGAUCAGUACAUUGGAAGCAGCAAAGCACUUGGUGAUAAUAAGAAUAAAGAAACAUUUUUAGGUGGCCUCAGUGGCCAAAAGCUCCUGUAAAAUUGUGUUUGUUGUGUGUAUAUUUAUAUCUUGAGUGUGCACACUCCAAAACUUCAUGAGCAGUGCACUUCCACAUUGCAGAGGGUUGUUUUUUAUAUAAAAACUCAAGAGGCUAAGUGUCAUUGCCAUAUGUUGUUCCAACAUCAUCUGUCAUCAGCCUGCCAUGCUCCUCUGCUUAAAGAGGCAUCACACUGAAACAUAUGUCUGCUGAGCCAAAGCUUCCAUUAACAGUGGCUGUCAUUUAAGUCCUUAAGAACACUACACUUUCUCCCCAUAAUGCCUAAUAAUAAUAAUAUCUUUAUUUAUAUAGCAGCUAUUAGAACAUGAGAGCAAUUUUGAUGAGAACAGGACAUUCUGCCCAACAAGCCCCUCGAUCCUAUUUGAUUUUUGUCUCCAAAGUUUCAUCAGGUUGACACUGGAAGGUCUUCAAAGAGCUACUGCCCAAUAUCUAUUUGGUAAGUUAUUCCACGUGUCUGUGAUUCUCUGUGUAAAGAAAAACAUGUAACUGAUUAGAAAGUUUAAUCUUUAUCUACUUUCCAUCUGUAUCCCCAGGUUUCUGUUGAUGAACAUGUUUUAAAAUAACAGCCUGGAACCACUGUAGUAGUUUCAUUUUAAUUAUGAAUACUUGCUUAAACUAACAAUUUUCGAACCCUUUAUUCUUUCCUCACAGUUCAUACUGUGUGUCAGUCGCUGGAAUCGGCCUAGUCGCUCUUCUCUGGACUUCCUCUAGCGCUGCUAUGUCUUUUUUGUAAUAAGCUGCACACAGCACUCUAGAUGAGCCUCACUAAUGUGUUAGCUUCAGCAUUGACAUCUUUUGACUUGUACUCUACACAUCAUGCUGUAUCAUGUUCACCUUCUUGAUCGCUUCUUUACAGUGGAUAGUCCACUAUGACUUCUAGGUCUUUCUGUUAAGGUUGAGUGCACUUACUAUACAUAAUUGCAUCAAAAAGCGUUUCAGACACACCAUUAAAGAGAAUGCAACCAUUAUAAAUUUAAAGAAAAGAAAAUCAUGAAAAUGUCAAACAAAAAAGUAUUUUUUAAAAUUCGCCUCAAAACUAUUAAAAGUAGGAGAGUUUCUUAGCUGCUAUGACAGUACAUUCCAUAAUUUGGUGACCUAAAAUUAACUGAAGGAAUUUCUAAACACAGACAGCUAGCCCCAAGAGUUUGCUGUCUGUAAUAUUGUACAGGAAGGAUCGAAAUAAUUUAAGGCCUUAUAAACUAAUUAAAGAAACUUAAAGUAAUACCAAACAUCACUGGAAUGCAGUGCAGGGUCUUAAGAACACGAGUGAUAUGCACUCACUUAUUUGGCUGUAAUCAUCAGACUGCAUAGUGCAUUAUUUUCAAAUGCUCAGUUAAGCUUUUGGGCUGGCCAGGGUAAAAUGUAUUGUAACCAUCAAUUCUGCUCGUAACACAAGCUAUCACUAGACGUUCUGCAUCUGUAAAUGAAGGUAAAAACCUCACCUUUGAUAUUUUACUUGACAAAAUGCAGUUUCAGUAACAUUGUUGAGUCAUUUAAGUCCGAGUCAAAAAAUCUCAAUGGAAUGGUCAUUACUGUACUUUAAUAUAAAUUAAAUUUUAGUGAUGCCACAAGAUAUCACUUAGUGGAAGGUUUUACAAUAUAAUGCAAUUAAUUGUACUAUAAAAUAACAUUCAGAUGCAUUAACUCAUUAUUUUGUACACAAAUAAAUAUAGAGCAAGGUGAACAGGGAAUUGAAUCAAGUGAGCAGCUUAAAUAACUAUUUAAUUUGAAACUAGCAACAUUGCCUCAAAUGAAGUAAAAAAGCUGCCGAGAUAGAUAGAUUAUUAUGGGAUGGCUUAAUGCCUUAUUCCGAAAAAGCUGCCGAGAUAGAUAGAUUAUUAUGGGAUGGCUUAAUGCCUUAUUCCGUGUCGAGCUUUACCGACCUAUUGUGGGGUGUGUGUUUUUCUUUCUCUUCAUCAUCCAGCAUGUGCUCUGGUAGAGCAAACGUGCUGUCGGCUAUCUUCACUAAUUAAGUUCUGUGAAUGUGCCUCCCUGAGUAUGUACAUUUAAUAAACUCACGCACUACAUUUGUAAAUCAAUAAGUCCAGUCCCAUUAUUAAUUGUAACACACUGCCAAAAUCCCAGUUAAAUAAUUCCUACAGUAGUUAUUUUUGGUCAAUGGUCAAACCGUUUUUGAAGGAUAAGUACUGAACCAAACUGCACCAAAAACAAUACGCCUAAAGUUUGUAGCACAGCAAACCUGAUGCAACUUGAUAGCUCUUGGUUUUUGUUCCCCCAGAAGUUAUUGUACUGGUUUCUCAAUGUUCAGGAAACACUCAUUUUAAAUGUUUGUAUCUUUGCAAGGUUGUAGUCCUUCAAGAGCUCUACACAACUCGAAGAAAAACAAUUUUUUUCUGACAAAAAUUUCAGUUAUAAGAAAAGAAAAUCGCUUUCGAUUUUCCUCAGAUACAUAUACAGACAUCAUGCUAAACUCAAUUUUCUCUCCACAUUUUGAACAUCGAAGAACCAGAAUCUGAAGAUAACUUUAUAACAAAUUUUUUGACCCCGUUACAACAC